CGAAGCGUAUCAGUUCUCCGUUACAAACAAAAUACUAUUAGUCACACGUUACGGGCAGCUUUAGUUGUCAUUUCAUAAUUAGUAGUUAAAGCAUAUUUAUUAUUUUCUGGAGAAAAUGGAAGAAAUUGGAAUAGUGACGAAAGACGUUACAAAUGAAACGACCUCUGGAAAUGGAAAUGAAAAACAUAGUAAUUUUGAUAUUAGAAGUAAAGUGGAAAGAGCCGAAAGUGAAUUGUCGUCCCCAGAUUCUUUCAGCAAGUUUUCAAAAAUAGAAAAGCCGUUCAUUAAUAAUAACAACAGUGCUUCUACAGUGCAUGUUAAUUCUAAUUUUCGACGAGAAAAUAGUAUCAGGUCGUUAAAAAACUACUAUUUAUUAAACGAGUUUAAUCAACCAAAGUUAACAACUAGUGACGUAGGAAGUCAUACCCCAAAAUAUUCUUCUGAUGCUAUUUCUAUAAGAUCAUGGGCAUCAGUAGGAAUGGGUUCUACAGAUGGAAAAAAAAUGAUAGUACGAAGAGUUCCUACAUCGACUGUGGAAUUAUUCAACAUCGUAAAUCCGCCAACGCCACCAGAAGAAUACCUUUAUGACGAUGACAGUGACGACGAAAGUGUCGAUGAAAAGGAAAGUGAAUAUAUUAAACCUAGAAGGCAACACUGGGCAAAUAAAUUGCAAUUUGUUCUUGCUUGUGUUGGUUACAGUGUAGGACUAGGUUCAAUAUGGCGGUUUCCGUAUAUGUGUUAUAAAAGUGGAGGGGGUGUAUUUCUUAUUCCAUAUGCUAUUAUAAUGGUUUUUAUUGGUGGUCCUAUGUUGUAUAUGGAGUUAGCUGUAGGCCAAUUUACAGGAAGAGGUCCAAUAGGAGCUCUAGGUCACCUCUGUCCAUUAUUAAAAGGUACUGGAUUGGGAAGUGUAGUAAUAUCAUUCCUAAUGUCUACCUACUACAGUGUAAUAAUAGCAUAUGGAGUUUACUAUUUUUUCACAUCAUUUAAGGUGAAGCAACCUUGGGAAGACUGUAGCCAUAGAUGGAACACUAAAUACUGCUGGAUACCUUCUAAACUUCACAAUCAUAGUAAACCUCGAUUUAGUCAAUCACCCGCAGAAGAAUUUUAUGAUCGCAAAGUACUUCAGAUUGGUACAGGAAUUGAAGAUUCUAAUGUUUUGCGGUGGGAGUUAGUGACAUGUUUGAUAUGUGCAUGGGUUUUAAUUUAUUUUGCAAUAUGGAAAAGUAUCAAAUCUUCCGCAAAAGUUCGAUACUUCACAGCUACUUUCCCGUUUGUAAUUAUUUUAAUCCUUCUAAUAAAAUCUUUGACACUGGAUGGAGCUGAUAAGGGCAUGAGAUAUUUUUUUAAACCCAAAUUUGAAUUACUGUUAGACGCUAAGGUUUGGGUAAACGCAGCUUGUCAAACAUUUAAUUCAAUGGGAUGUGCUUUUGGAUCUAUGAUUUGCUUCGCCAGUUACAACAAAUUUAAUAAUAAUAUUUUACAUGAUACGAUCGCUGUUUGGUUAGUAAACGCAAUUACUAGUCUUAUUGUAGGAGUAUUUGCUUUUGCAACUAUAGGGAAUAUAGCUACCGAACAGGGUACUUCGAUAGAGGAUGUAAUUGAUGACGGACCAGGUUUAAUCUUCGUGGUUUAUCCUCAAGCAAUAGCAAAGAUGCCAGCAUCACAAUUAUGGGCUGUGUUCUUUUUCUUCAUGUUAAUCUGUUUAGCACUAAAUAGCCAGUUUGCUAUUGUGGAGGUUGUGGUCACAUCAAUUCAAGACGGGUUUCCAAUUUGGAUAAAAAAAAGAUUGAUGUGCCAUGAAGCUUUAGUGCUGGUUGUUUGCUUUGUAUCAUUCCUCUGUGGAAUACCGAAUGUUACUCAGGGAGGAAUAUACUUUUUUCAAUUAAUAGAUCAUUAUGCAGCAUCCAUAUCAAUUAUGUACCUGGCAUUCUUUGAAGUAAUCGCCGUGGCAUGGUUUUAUGGAACUUGGAGAUUAAGCAAAAACAUUAAAACAAUGACAGGACGUCAACCAGGAAUUUUUAUAAAGUUUUGCUGGUUGAUAGCUACACCACUAAUGAUUUUUGCUUUAUGGAUAUUUUUAAUUAUUGAUUAUGAACCACCAACUUACAAUAAUGGUAUUUAUCAUUACCCUGGAUGGGCAAUUGCAAUUGGCUGGAUUAUAGCGGCUUUAUCUAUAUUUUGUAUUCCGGUUUACAUGAUAGUAGUUUUGUUCAAUUCUCCUGGAAGCUCUAUUAUGGAAAAAUUAAAAAAUUCAAUAAAAUCAGAUUUGGUGGAAAAAUGUCCUAAAUGUGAUGAAGUGGAUUGCGAUUGCAUCAUUAUAGAAGAUGAAAAUCCAGUACUUGUAAUGCAUCCCCUGGAUUUCAAACAAUACGAAAAUUUUAAUAUGAUUCCUUUUACACAGACCAGUGAAAAGAUAGCUUUUCAAAAUAUUCCAAAUAAAAUUACUAACCCAUCGGAUACAUUAAGUCAAUAUGAUAAUGUAAAUGACAAUAAAUAAUACAGUGUACUAGUAAUAGCUCCCUCUAAUACAUUAGUUUUGCUAUUGUUGAAAAUAGAAAUCACCAGUGUUUUCGAAUUUAAAAUAAAUAUUUUAUAAU